GGACCUCCCAAUCAAUGCAUAGCUCUAGACUUUCCAUCGACUUCCUCGUGUACAUUUGCAUCCAGCAUGCCAUAGAGUGUUCACUGUUACCUCCAACGUUCAACGAUGUACACGCGCUGAUAACCAGUGCGACGCGUCAUCUAGUUUGGCAAAAUUUCAAGAACAUCAGCCAGCGGGGACGUUGUAAGAAGUAGAGAGCGGAUAGUACAGUGAGUGAAGCAUUGGGAAAAUUGGAAGGCGCGUCUGGACUUUCUCUGGAAACGAAGGAACCGAGCUGAUUUGUUGAGCAGCCAGGAAGACCCGUGAGAGCUCGCUACAUCGUGAUAUAGACUUAGUAGACUCGCCAAUCCAUCUGAGAGAUAAUGAAGCACAUUUGGAUACUGCUGACUGUUUCUGCGCUAUUCUGUUUUUCCGGAGAAAAGGUCAGGGCACAGUCUCCCUCAAGUGACGACCUGUACUUGGACCAGGCAUCUGGAGACUUCCCCGUAGACGAUGACGACUUCAGCUCUGGCUCAGGGUCGGGAGACAGCGAUGACGAUGAGGAUGCUGUGAUGGACAGGCGGGUUCCGCUCGGCUCCUCUCCACAGCCAGAGUCCGUGACGGACGCCCCCAGCAGACACACAUCCCCCCCCAGCACAGACACAGAGGCAGAGGCAGAGGCAGAGGCAGAGGCAGAGGCAGAGGCAGAGGCAGAGGCAGCCUGGCCCAGCGAAGAGCCCCUCAGCACGGAGGGCACCACGGAGGAGGACGCUGUAGAUGACAGAGACCUGGCAACCGAGCCUACACUGGAUGCGGUGGACGUGGACGUGCUGCUGGAGGUCAAGCCCACAGUCGGGCCGGAUUCGGGACGCAGCGGGGUGCACACCGGGUCUGAACGGGAAGCAGCGGUCCAAUCUGAAAACCUCUUUCAGAGAACAGAAGUGCUGGCAGCGGUCAUUGCAGGUGGAGUUAUUGGCUUCCUGUUUGCCAUCUUCCUAAUUCUGCUGCUGGUGUACCGCAUGAGGAAGAAAGACGAAGGGAGCUAUGACUUGGGAGAACGGAAGCCGCCCAUGUCAGCCUACCAGAAGGCCCCUACCAAGGAAUUCUAUGCCUAAAGACUCAACUUCAGUGUUUGAAAAGACCACCACCAUCAUCACAAGAAGUCAUCUUUUUAGACUGAAAAAAAAACUUUUACAUGAUGCCUUCGCAUAAGGAAUUUAAUAACACAAAUUUUGUUUCAAGCCAAAUAGGGCUUAAUUUAUCUCAAAGGUUACUUUUUUUUAAACUGUGUAUUUUUUGCUGUUGUUGUAAAAGUACAUUCAAAUGUGAGACGGUGAAACAUUUCUUAUAAGUCAUACAAUAUGUUUAGUUGUGGACUACUUUUGAAGUGUAGCGCUACAUAUUUCUGUUUUUAAGAACAAAAAAAUAUUGAAAAUAAUGUGCUGUACUAUCUUUUUCCAUCACAUCCACCAUUGAUAAUGAAUGUCUCAUUAAUGUUUCUUAAAGAUUUUUAAAAUGUUCAAACGGUGUAUGGCAUGACUGUAGCAACAGGAGAUGGAAGACCCUCAUCCUUAACGAGUACAAGAAGACCCUUAUCCUUAAAGGGUACAAAUUUCCUGCCUUUUUUUCAAAUGUUGUUUGUUGCUCUGCCCUUGCUUUGGACCACAGUUUUCCUCAGCAUUAGUAGCCUCCAAAGCAGAUGUGCGUCAUCUGUGUCAUUUUAAAACAAUAUUAUGUAGUGUUUCAUUUUGUGUCAUGUACACAUUGUGUGUUCAUGGGUCGUACCAGAGCCAUGGAAGUAAGAGUUAGGCUAAUCCCAUUGACAUCUCUGUUUCAUUAUUAAACAAAGAUGGCGGCUCAUGGAGCCUUUAGCACACUGAUCGUCAUUGACAUUGUUCCAGGAAGUGGGCGUUGAACACAGAAAGUGCAGUAAAGGUAAAUUUCAUCUUUGCUUGUUAUGUAGUGGUUCUGUGUUAGGUCUCUAGCAAAAAGAAAGCCGCUAUGUGAAUCAUGUCACCAACUGACUUCCUGUACCGCAGUUGUCACAACUCUGAAUUCCAUGGCUCUGGGUUGUACAAGUAUGUCUAGUCAGGCAGUUCCUCCUAAGUGUCCUCUAUUCUCCAGCAGGAAGGCAUGUAGCCUGCUGUACAUCAAGCACAGUGUGCACAAAACAGACCAGGCACAGUAACAACUCUAUGCACCUGGAUGCGCCACCUAAAAAUGCUGAAGGACCAUGUUAACCAUCUAUCCAUCAAAGGGGUAUGGUCUGAACAUGUUAAGUGAUAAACCUGGCUAAGUUAACCUAUGGUACAGGAAGUGGUAAACCUGCUAAAAGCCCACAGAUGUCAUUUGGUUAUGGAAAUGAGGACUCCAGGCUCUUCUAUUAGAUGAUUUACCACUACCUUAAGGCUAACUUAACCUGGUUUUCAACUGAUCCAGGUUCUUUGGUAUACCCGCCAGGAAAAAGUGUGUUGUUAUAUGCAGAAAUGGCAUGUGAAUGGAACCCUGCAGUUGAUCCACAAACAUCUAGUACCAUCGUGUCUGCUCCCAUUGUCUUCACUUACUGUAGGUGUUUUGACUGCCUUCCCUCGUCUCUGUCUAGCAUUGUAGAGCUUCUGUUGUUAAUUUCGCAUUUGUAUGUGUCAUUACUAAGGGGAUAAAAGUGAGCAUUUUUUUGACGGUAAAAUAAAAGGUUUUGAGUAGACAGACCAAAGACAAACAAAGACAACAAACAACAAAAAUUGUGUCUUGAUUAUACAUGGGCAACAUGAAUAUUUAGAAUGGAGGUGGUUUUGAGUUGUACAUGUAUUCUACAGAGGACAAUUGAUAUUUUUAGGAUGGUGAGCGAAUGCGUCAUCAUGCUGGAUAGAGCAGCCGGUUGAUUAUCCAGGUUAAUAACUGUUACUUGAUCAUUCAUGGUUGCUUUGUCAUAUUUAAUUUUUUAAAACUGUAAAACCACAAAUGAGUUACAAUGAAUAUCUCCUAUUUAGUAUUAUGACACUGAGGUACUUGCUUGGCCUGGUUCAUAUCUGUGUUUAGCACAGAGCUCAUGAUGAAUGUUCAGUGUUCUAUUUGCCCAUGUCCACUUUGAGGGUAUUUUUUGCCAUCCAUAAUUUCUUUUUAUACCUGACCAGUUUUACAUCAAAGAUUUUAGUUUGUAUAUUUUAAUACACAAUAAUUUAUAGAUGACAUUAAUUUAUAUACAACUUAAUCUGUGUUAUAAGGAUUAAAAAAUGUAUGUUCUUAAAGUGCCUACAGCUAUGAAAUAAAAGAAAUGGGAGAUGU